GUGAUGCUUUUCUCUAAGCAGGAAUCAAAACUCCCAAGCCAGUGGUGAUCUUCAGCAUAGAGCGAGGGGAAGAUCUGUGUGUGCGGGGUCCCACAGAAGAUGAAGAUGGGGACAUUCUUAGAGGAACCCACCCAGACCUUUUGUCUCGGUGCAGAUUUUUCAGAUGCAGAGGAGACCUGGGACUGGCCAGCAAUUGAAAGCUCCUUGGGCUUCUUCCUCACACAAAGCUCUUCCCCUGGAGCAGCAGAGGCAAGGAACCUGAACAGAGCUGAGGGGCAGACUCCUGAGGAAGGACCUGGUAGCCUGGAGCCACUCAGACCUUUCCGAGGGACAUCAGGGAAGAACCAUUCCAAGAAAUCUGAACGGGGAAGACAUCACAAGAGACAGGGCAGGUCUCAAAGGCAGAGGAAAAAUCUGAUCAGGAAGGAGCAGGCAACCUCAAGAGGCCAUCAGAGGAGAUCCAGGCCAUAUCUAAAGCCUCCUGCAGAGGGAAAAACUGAGCCCAGAAAGAGCCUAUAUACCUGCCAUGUGUGCAGAGAAGAAUUCAAGGUGCAGAGAGAACUGAUAAGCCACCACUGGAUGGUUCAUAAGGGACAGGAACUGUAUCACUGUAGCGAGUGUGGGGAGAGCUUUAGGAGAAAGAAGGAGUUCAGAGCACAUGGGAAAGUUCACAGAAAGAAGAGAGACCAUCCCUGUUCUGAAUGUGGGAAGAUAUUCAAUCAGUUAUCACUGCUCACUGCCCACCAGAGAAUCCACACUGGAGAGAGACCCUAUCACUGUGCUGAGUGCGGAAAAAGAUUCUUAUACUUGUCAGCUUUUACCAUCCACAAGAGAAUCCACUCGGGAGAGAGACCCUAUGCGUGCGCUGAGUGUGGAAAGCAAUUUAUGGAUUCGUCAACAUUUCGUAAUCACCAGAGAAUCCACUCAGAAAAGAGACCCCAUCGCUGUAACCAAUGUGGGAAAGGCUUCAAACUUACAUCAAAUCUUACUAGGCACCAGAAAAUCCACAGCGAAGAGAGACCCUUCUUGUGUCAUGAGUGUGGGAAAAAGUUCUGCCUACGAGAACAUCUGAUCAGACAUCAGAGGAUCCACACUGGGGAGCAGCCCCAUUGCUGUGCUGAGUGUGGGAAAAAAUUCAGUCUCCUUCAAAGUCUCAGGAGACACCAGGAAACCCAUAGUACAGGGAGACUCCAUCGCUGUGCUGAGUGUGGGAAAAUAUUCCGUCAUCCAGACAGUCUCUCUAAACACCAGAGAGUCCACAAUGGGAAACUCCAUCGCUGCACUGAUUGUGGAAAAGGCUUUGUCUAUAUACAUCAUCUCACUCGCCACCAGAGAAUCCACACUGGAGAGAAACCCUAUUGCUGCACUGAGUGCGGGAAAAGUUUCACCCAAUUGUCAGGCCUCACCAACCACCUGAGAAUCCAUUCAGGAGAGCGACCAUAUCCCUGCACUCAGUGUGGGAAGUGCUUUGCUCACUCAUCAUCUCUCACUGAACAUCUGAAAAUCCAUUCAGGAGAACGACCAUAUUCCUGCAUUGAGUGUGGGAAGCACUUUGCUCGCUCAUCAUCUCUUACUCAGCAUCAGAGAACCCACUCAGGAGAGCGACCAUAUUCCUGCGCUCAGUGUGGGAAGCGCUUUGCUCGCUCAUCAUAUCUUACUAAACACCAGAGCAUCCACUCAGGAUAGAGACUCCUGACCCUGGUGUUUGAUGGAGGGAACCUCUUCUUUCUCUCACUUCAUCCUGUUCCCAAAGUCUGUAAAAGAGGGAGAAGUUGCUCCCACUCUGAAAUGUUCCCACCUCUUCACUAAGCAGACACGAGUUUAGGUGCUGGGUUUGUUAAAAUAAUUUGUAUGGUCCUCGAGAGGUACUGAAACAUUCCAAAGUGGGCAUAAUGGGCUGCAGGUGGGACAGAGAUGACUGGAGUUAGGACUGCACUUUGGAGGCCCUGGUUUCUCCCAAGCCGUUUGCUCACUGUGGCUCCCAUCCUCUCAGGCUCCACAAAUGGAAUUAAUUGUUUUAUUUCUUCUGGGAUUUGGGGGUUUGGAAAAAUGGGCAGAGACUGAAAAGGAGCUUUCGUCUCCUGAGUUAAUGAAAGGCUUGACAUCCCCUGUGUGCCUCUCAUAGUACU